CAGGAAGGAAGGGAGCUGCGGAUCCCUCUCUUUUCGGCUUUCAAGGUCUUCCUUGGGGAGAUCCGGCUCUGGCAUUGCCUGCAAGGAGCGGAUCCCUCCCUUCCCUCCAGCAGGAAAACAACUGUGACCAAAGAUUUACCCGCAAGACAAAUGUCAGUAGAUAGUGAAAAUUCGGCAUACUCAGCAGCCAGCAGAAAGCAUGGAGGGUGGGAAACUCUUGGAUCCCUCAUCAGAAACAAGCAGCACUCCAAAAAAGUAUGGAAGACCCCAUGAAUGCUCCAAGUGUGGGAAAUCUUUUACUCGCAGGUCCGUCCUUUUGACCCACAGGAAGGUCCAUGUGGGAAGUGGAUCCAGUGAAGGUUCAGAGGGUGAGAAAUCCUCUGGAAAAGACUCCAAAGGUCUCAGAAGCUCCUCCAGACUAAAACCCUAUAAAUGUGAGGAAUGUGGCUUAUGCUUUGGUCAAAAGUCUUGGCUUCUGAGACAUCAGAAAAUCCACACUGGAGAGAAACCUUAUCAAUGUCUGGAAUGCGGGAAUUUUUUCUGUAGAAAAUUCUAUCUCAGAAUUCAUGAGAGAAUCCACACAGGGGAGAAACCUUACAAGUGUUGGGAAUGUGGGAAGAGCUUUUCUCAGAAGUCAGAUCUUCAGUCCCAUAAGAAGAUUCACUUAGGAAUAAAACCUCACAAAUGCUUUGAGUGUGGAAAAUGUUUCUCCAAGGGUUCAGACCUUCGGAAUCAUUGGAAAACACACACAGGGGAGAAAAACGAAAAGUGCCUCGAAUGUGGGAAAUGUUUUACCUCAAAAUCAACCCUGGUGCAACAUCAGAGACGUCACACUGGAGAGAGACCCUAUGAAUGCCCAGAAUGUGAGAAACGAUUUGUGUAUUCUUUUGAACUUCGGAGUCACCAGAAGAGGCAUAAAGAGGAGAAACCCUAUCAAUGUAGGGAGUGUGGGAAAAGCUUUAUUUCAUCAAGAGAGUUUCAGAGUCACGAGAGAAUCCACACAGGGGAGAAGCCAUUCAAAUGUGGGGAGUGUGGGAAGUGCUUUGCCCAAAAACAAAACCUUGGACGCCAUCAGAAGCUCCACACAGGAGAGAAGCCCUAUAGAUGCAUAGAAUGUGGAAAAUAUUUUAGACAAAGGGGAGACCUUUGGAGACAUCAUAGAAUCCACACAGGGGAGAAGCCACAUCAAUGCAACGACUGUGGAAAAUUUUAUCGUACCUCAUCAGCCCUUAGAAGUCAUGUGAAAAUUCACACGGGGGAAAAAAACUACAAAUGUUUAGACUGUGGGAGAGCAUUUUCCCAUUCAGGUUCCCUUAGAAGUCACAGCCGAAUCCAUACAGGAGAGAAGGGCCAUAAAUGUUAGUGUGUAAUAAAUGUUUUUCACGAAAGGA